GCAUACCAACCAGUGACGGCUGCUGAAAAGACGACGCCGUUUACAUAUCAUAUGUCGGCCGCAGCUGUGCCCUUUCCGUCUCCGACCACCGGAAAAUCCGUUGGCCUGAACAUCCAUUCCUCAUCUCCUUCUUCUCUAUCCUUUAGAUUUUUGGAUCCUCGAUGCUUCGCCAGCAAUGGAAUCCGAUGCGAUGUUAGAAACCUCGCUAGUCCACAGAGAUGGACAGUUGAUUGCGUUUCGGACAGUGAUCCUAUUCACAUUAUCCUCAAGCCACCUUCUUCUUCUCUAACAAUGACCACCUCAUCUUCUCUCAAGAACGCUAAGAGGGUUUGUCUAUUCUAUUGCAACGAAAUGAAAUCCCUCGCCGAACGAAUCGCCUCCGAGUCCGACGCAAUUGAGCUCCGCAACAUCUCCUGGAGGACAUUUGAGGAUGGAUUUCCCAACUUGUUCAUAUCAAAUGCUCAUGGAAUUCGUGGACAACAUGUAGCAUUUCUUGCCUCGUUUAGUUCACCAGGAGUGAUUUUUGAACAACUUUCUGUCAUCUAUGCACUGCCCAAGUUAUUUGUUUCCUCAUUCACACUAGUGCUCCCCUUUUUUCCUACUGGAACAUCGGAGCGGAUAGAAGAGGAAGGAGAUAUUGCAACGGCUUUUACCCUCUCGAGAAUCUUGUCUAAUGUGCCAAUUUCAAGUGGAGGACCAACUAGCUUGGUGAUAUUUGAUAUUCAUGCAUUGCAGGAGAGAUUCUACUUUGGUGACAAUGUUUUGUCAUGCUUUGAGAGUGGGAUACCUUUGCUUAAGAAUAGGCUUCAACAGCUCCCUGAUUCUGACAAUAUAUCCAUUGCUUUCCCAGAUGACGGUGCAUGGAAGCGAUUUCACAAGCAGCUGCAACAUUUUCCAACAAUUGUUUGUGCAAAAGUGAGAGAAGGCGAUCAACGAAUAGUGCGCCUCAAAGAGGGGGAUCCUAAAGGACGUCACGUAGUGAUUGUUGAUGAUUUAGUACAAUCUGGUGGCACUCUUAUCGAAUGCCAGAAAGUGUUGGCAAAACAUGGAGCUGCUAAAGUCAGUGCUUACGUAACACAUGGAAUUUUCCCCAACAGGUCCUUCGAACGAUUUGAACCCGAUAAUGGAGGAUCGCCUGAGAAUGGAUUAAGUUAUUUCUGGAUAACAGAUUCAUGUCCAGAGACAGUAAAAGAGGUGAAAAACAGGGCUCCAUUUGAAGUUCUUAGUCUUGCUGCAUCUAUAGCUGCUACUCUCCAGAUUUGAUUUUUUACUAAUAAAAUAAUACAAUCCCCACUACAGAUUGCCUGAGAGUUGUUUAUGAUUUGAUCCUCAAGUAUAUUGUUAGUGUUCUUAAAAUGUUUAUGUAUGAGUGUAGCUAAUAAAUUGAUUACCCAAGCAGAAGAACCAUAUUUUGUUUAUUUUGUACAAUAAACAAUUUGUUUUCAUCCAGUUUUUGGCUUUAUAAUAAAUAAGGAGAAAUGAGUUUUUAUG